AUGUUCGAUAGUGCAGUUGUUUUGCCGAGCCUUGCCUUGCCAGGCUUUGGCUUUGGCUUUGGCUUUGGCUUUGGCUUUGGCUUUGGCUUUGGCUUUGGCUUUGGCUUUGGCUUUGCCAGGCCUUGUGAUGCAGGGCAAACCCAGGCCCAACGUAGCGACUGCGUAGCACCCUCGAGAGCCCUCUCUCCUUCUGCGGCCCGUCUACGUCUUCCCGUCUGUUCCUCAGAACCCCCACACACAAAAAAAAAAAAAAUAAUACCGAAAACGAAACGAAAAACGAAAACACACACACACACACACACCCAACCUAAACCUAAUUCUGGACCGCCCUAUCUCUUUACUAAGCCGGUACGGUGCAACUACGCUCUUCUGGCCAUUCUCGCUUCUGGUGUUGCUGGUAACCAUUCGUUACUCCCAGCGCCAUAUUGCAGAAUAACGAGGCUUUCCGAGUUUAAUUACUUACUACAAACUGUCUAUCUAAAAUAA